UUUAAAGAAAGUUGACUAUAAAAGAUCAGACAAUUGAAUUUUAUAAGUUAAAAAUUAUUCCUGCUCCUGAAGAUUGUAGCUGACAAAUUGUCCAUGAUGCCUUUCUGUUCCCUCAAGCCCAAUUGAGAUAAAGGAUGUCAAAUGUAAGCUAAAUAAGGAAGAGGCCUUGGAAAGGUUAAACACAGUGCAGGACAGCAGUCACUGAGAGCUCCAGGAAGCUCUUGUACGUAAAAACGAUUACCCUGGUAGAUUUUAAAAUUUUAAAGGAAUUUUUCAGAAACAACAAACAUGAGAGUACCCAUCUUUGAGGAUUGCAGAGAUGAAAGUGAAGGAGAGAAAUCUGGGGAAGAAGAUUCAGAAGAUGAAGAAGAAAAGGUAUUCCUUAAACCUGUCAUUGAAGACCAAAACAUGGAAUUGGCUAGAAAAUGUACCAAGCUAAUUAGUGAUAUCCAUUAUAGAGGAGAGUAUAAAAAGUCCAAAGACAAGUGUACAUUUGUACCUGACACCCCAGUGCUAAACCAUGUAAAACGUAUAGGUGCUUUUAUUUCUGAGGCAAAGUACAAAGGCACCAUCAAGGCAGACCUUUCCAAUUCUCUGUAUAAGCAGAUGCCAGCCACGAUCGACAGUGUAUUUGCAAGAGAGGUUUCACAGCUUCAGAGUGAGGUUCUCUACAAACAGAAAUACGAUGCUGCUAAAGGAAUAUCGGACUACUCACAUAUGAAGGAACCACCUGAUGUAAUGCAUGCCAUGGAAACCAGUAAACAUCAAAGUAAUGUUUCUUAUAGGAAGGAUGCAGAGGAUAAUCAUAAAUACAAUGCCGGGAUUGACAGAUCAGACAUCAAGAUGGCAACCCAAGUCUCCAAGAUCAUUAGCAAUGCUGAAUACAAGAAAGGAAAAGGAGAAAUGAAUAAAGAACCGGCUGUGAUUGGAAGGCUAGAUUUUGAGCAUGCUGUGGAAGCUUCUAAACUUUCUAGUCAAGUCAAAUACAGAGAAAAAUUUGAUAAUGAAAUGAAGGAUAAGAAACACCAAUAUAAUCCUCUUGAAAGUGCUUCUUUUAGGCAAAGUCAGUUUGCAGCUACCCUUGCAAGUGAUGUGCAGUACAAGAAAGAUGCUCAGAUGAUGCAUGAUCCAGUUUCAUAUCUCCCAAGCCUAUUUUUAGACCAUGCUUUGAAAACCAGCAAAAUGCUCAGCGAUCAUGAAUAUAAGAAGGUGUUUGAAGAAAGCAAAGGAAGUUAUCAUUUUGAAGCUGACACGGCUGAGCACCUCCAUCAUAAAGGCAAUACAGCCCUCCAGAGUCAGGUUAAGUACAAAGAAGAAUAUGAAAAAACUAAAGGCAAAUCAAUGCUUGAGUUUGUGGAUACUCCGUCUUACCAGGCUUCAAAGGAGGCUCAAAAAAUGCAAAGUGAGAAAAUUUACCGAAACGAUUUUGAAAAAGCAAUCAAAGGAAGGCCAUCACUGGAUUUAGACAAGACUCCAGAAUUUUUGCAUGUAAAAAAUGUCACAAAUCUUCUCAAAGAGAAAGAAUAUAGAAAAGACCUGGAAAAUGAAAUAAAGGGGAAAGGAAUGGAACUUAGUUCAGAGAUCCCUGACAUUCAGAGAGCAAAAAGAGCAUCUGAGAUGGCGAGUGAGAAGGAAUACAAGAAAGAUCUGGAAACUGAAAUUAAAGGGAGAGGAAUGCAAGUUGGCACAGAUACCCUUGACAUACAGCGAGCCAAAAAAGCUUCUGAAAUCUCAAGCCAGAAAGAAUAUAAAAGAGAUCUGGAGACAGAAAUUAAAGGCAAGGGGAUGCAAGUGGGCACAGAUACUCUUGAUAUCCAAAGAGCUAAGAAAGCAUCUGAAAUGGCAAGCCAGAAAGAAUACAAGAGAGACCUGGAAAAUGAAAUUAAAGGGAAAGGAAUGCAAGUGAGCAUGGACAUCCCUGAUAUGCUGCGAGCCAAGAGAGCAUCUGAAAUCUAUAGCCAGAAAAAAUACAAAGAUGAAGCAGAAAAGAUGCUGACUAGCUAUUCAACAGUGGCAGAUACUCCUGAAAUACAGAGAGUCAAGACAGCCCAGAAAAACGUCAGCAUGGUGUUUUAUAAGAAAGGAGUAGGAGCUGGCACAGCUGUAAAAGAGACCCCAGAGAUUGAACGAGUCAAGAAAAAUCAGCAGAAUAUUAGUUCAGUGAAAUAUAAAGAAGAAAUAAAGCAGGCAACGACUAUUUCAGAUCUUCCAGAGCUGAAGAGAGUUAAAGAAAACCAGAAGAACAUCAGCAAUCUUCAAUAUAGAGAGCAGAACUACAAAGCUACUCCUGUUUGCAUGACUCCUGAGAUCGAGAGAGUGAAGAGGAACCAGGAGCAUCUCAGCUUGGUGAAAUACCGAGGAGAAACCAAAUGUGCCACAUCCAUUUCUGACCCACCAGAGCUGAAGAGAGUUAAAGAAAACCAGAAGAACAUCAGCAAUGUUCAUUAUAAGGGACAGCUGGGCAGAGCAACUGCCGUAAGCAUUACUCCGGAGAUGGAAAGAGUCAAGAAGAAUCAAGAAAAUAUUAGCUCGGUUAAGUACACCCAGGAUCAGAAACAGAUGCAAGGUAGACCAAGUUUGAUUGUAGAUACCCCUGGACUGAGGCAUGUUAAAGAAACUCAAAACAAUAUUUCCAUGGUAAAAUACCAUGAAGACUUUGAGAAGACAAAGGGCAGAGGUUUUACUCCCGUUGCGGAUGACCCGGUGACAGAGCGGGUGAGGAAGAAUACCCAGGUCGUGAGUGACGCUGCUUACAAAGGUAUCCACCCGCAGAUUGUGGAAAUGGAUCGGCGGCCUGGAAUCAUUGUGGACCUUAAAGUUUGGCGUACUGAUCCUGGUUCCAUCUUCGACAUUGAUCCAUUGGAAGACAAUAUUCAAUCUAGGAGCCUACAUAUGCUUUCUGAAAAGGCAAGUCUCUACAGUAGACAUCGAUCUCAUUCAACCAGUACCCUUGGUGUAGGACCAGGGGAUGACAAGUCAGAAAUCUCUGAGACAAACCCUAGCUUUUCCUUCUGCAGUGAGUUAACAAGACCAUCUGAUGAAGAAGGAGCCCCUGUACUUCCUGGGGCCUACCAACAAAGCCAAUCUCAAGGCUAUGGGUAUAUGCAUCAGACCAGCAUGUCAUCCAUGAGAUCAAUGCAACACUCGCCAAGUCUGAGGACCUACCGAGCAAUGUACGAUUACAGUGCUCAAGAUGAAGACGAAGUUUCCUUCAGGGAUGGUGACUAUAUUGUCAACGUGCAACCUAUAGAUGAUGGAUGGAUGUAUGGCACUGUGCAGAGAACUGGGAAAACUGGAAUGCUUCCAGCCAAUUACAUUGAGUUUGUUAACUAAUUCUUUCUCCUCCUUCCCCUUUGAGCUUUAUUCUAAUAUAUUCUGAAACUUAACCUUUUUAAAAAAGAUGGAAGAUAAUUUUAAGACCACUUAUUAGCUAUUUUAUCACUGAGAUAAGUCAGUCCUUAAAAUGAAAAAUAGACACACAGAUCCCAGGAAGAAAGGAUGAGCUCUCAUCCAAAAGCGGUAGUAGAUUCAGCCACUCCCCAAACCAACCAAUCAAUGCAGUUAACUGUGAUUGGAUGUCUAGUGCUGGUGACUAGGGUAAUGGUUUCCUCCAAUUGGCUCCUAUUCCCUUGCGUAAAGUGUACUUUUCUGGUAUUGAAAAGAGGUCUUGCUUCUCCCUCUAAAUCUGAUAAGUAAGGAAACCUUUUAGCUGUCACUCUAGAAUCCUGAGAGAUCUAGUCCAUUAAUAUAGUAACAGCACAUCUAGUAAUCUCCAAGCUGUUUAAACUUAGACUUGUGAGGCAGGUCCCAAAUCCAAUUGUGAUAAUCCAGUUAGAUAUUCUAUAAGGACUGGCAGAGAACAGGCUGGUUAAAAUCACAUUGUCUUAUCCAGUAGCCAUAGGGGUAAAAAAAGUUUUGCUCACACCGUAAAAAGAUUCCCAGAUUCCUUGGCACAGUGGUAUCUGUGCUCUCCAUAUGAGUUCCCCAGGUGUGCCCCUCUCCUCCACUUACAUUUGAUAGGGCCAACUGGUUAAGACUUCCUUUCUGCUUUCUAUUAUGUAUCCUCUAAAUCUAAUUCAGGGAAAGAAAUAUAAUAUUUUCUUGGCCUCAAAAAAACGUCAGGGCCAAAUAACUCCAUAGCUACUCUGCAAAGGCCUAGAUUCAAAUGCUGCCUAUGUUCUUUCCCUAAUCUCCUUUACUCUGAUUUACCCCAGGCAGGCUUAAGCUUAUGUACCAUAUGCAGCGUUACUGCAUAGCCCGUAACCAUGCUUAUUCCUAUCAUAACAGCCAAGUGCAUAGCUGAUUUAAAAAAAAAAACCUUCCUAUUUGCCGGCUCAUCAGAAAAAAAUACAUUUUAAAAAGUUGCUUGAGAUUCUUCUGCUGUGCUGCGUUCUAAUUUUGAAGGAGUUACAACCUUAGGAAAUAGAUUUAUAUUCUAGUAAAUAAAUAAUUUAGGCAUUCCUUGAGCAGCUUUCACUGACAAUGCUUCUAUGUUAAGGGGAAAAAAAGGCUAACGGGAUCUGGUGAAAAGUUGAAUUUGAAUGAAAAGUAUUGAAAAUUAAAAAAAAAAGUUAAUGGAAAGACAGAGAUUCUGUUUAGGGUAUAAUGAAUGGGUAGUUCUUAUUUGACUUCUGGCAUGGAAAUUCAGCAACCUAAACUGGUUAUAAAAGGAUUCUAUUUCUACUUUGUAUUAUGUCUCCUCUAGACCAAAUUCUGGGGGUGGUGGGAGUGAGAUUAAGAAAUUCAUUAGAGAUUUUCAGCAUAGACACAAGCAGUUGCUCAUUAGCUGAGGGGUGAUCAUGAAGGCUGAUUUUUCCUGAAGAAAAUGAGUAGAAAUGCCCAUCAAAUUAGUGCCACUCUUACGUGGGGGUCACAGUGUCAUGAAGCCAAAAGCUGAAUAGAGGAGCCAAGGUGUGGAUACACCUGCAUUUCUUUCUGAUUUUGUAGUUUAUUGUCAUUAUCAAUGAGAUUGUACACAAAGAACAUCGGAAUUUUUUGCACCAGUGCUAAGCUUUGCUUAAUGCUUUAUUUUUUUAAACUCUCCAAAUAUUUAGUAAAAUGUACAGUAUUUAGAGGGGAUAUCUGUAGCACAGAAUGUAUUGGAAAAUUUAAGGUAACAUUAAGCCUGAAAAAAAUGUCUUGUAACUGAAAAUAUCAUGGGGCCAAAGUCUGUUGAGAUUUUAUACCUUUGAAAAUCUGUAUUGUCUCACUUGGGGGAGGAGGUGGAGCUAACAAAGCCAAUAAGCUAUAUUCCAAUCCAGUCAUGUCUACUUGGCAUCAAUAAGACUUGAAAAGUGAAAAAGUUCAGUCAAUCAGGCUUAUUUUGGAUGGGGGAUGGUAAUAACAUCACCUAAUAAUGGAUUUGACUGUUUUCAUUUGUCAUCGACUUGGAAAGUUACUUAACCGAAUCAAUACAAUCAGCCAGCUGUUUUGGGGGGUUAUUCAGGCACAGAUUAAGGAAAACCUAAAUAUGUAAUUGAAUUGAAGAAUGUGCUUUCACAAAAACCCAAUUUGAUUUUUAAGUAAAUACGUAGGUUACAAGAUAGACCAUUUUCUGUGAUAAAUUAAAAAAACAGGAAGAAAGCAUUUGGUGACUGCAAUUUCAAACUAAACAUUAAGAUAGCUAUAAUUUUUACAAACCCAUUUGUAGGAUGCUCAUGGAAGACUAACUUUAAGUGAUCAUUAGAAUCAGGGCUACAAAGUGACUACAAACUUGGUGUUUUAUAUUUAUUCUGUGGCUUCAAAACUAAAAUUUAGAAAUAUAAACACCUACAUGAGUAUGUAUUUGUCCACAUAGAUGCAGUGUUCAUUUCUGAGCUUCACAUAGGAUCUGGAUAUCAAUCAAGAUAUUUAUUCUUCAUGUAGUACUAACCAGCAGUAAUUAAGGGGCAAGUGUCAGCAUUGAACUAGUUGGCAUCAUUGUAGAUGAAGUAAAGCAUGAUGCUGUGUACUCUCAUGAUCAGAAUUCAUUAUUGUUCAUGGUUACAAAAUCUUGUACUGACGCUAAGUAUCUCUCAAGCAGGAGGAACACUAGAAACAGAGAAACCUUAUACCAAAGUACUAUUUCUACAUUGUCACAAGUUUUUUAAAAGUGUAUUCCUUGUGUUCUUAUUUGAUUCUUUUUUAACGCUCCUCUUGACACCAUCUCCCUUCCCUCAUGCUAAUCCAGCUUGGUGACAUCUCUGUCAUAUAAAACACUGAUGGGAAAAGAGUGGAGUUAAGAAUUAAUUAUCUAUUUUAUCAGGUCAAAGAGGACUGCGCCAUACCAAAAAAAAUAGGGUGAAUGUCCCUACUUUUCUAAUCAUGGGAUGUUAUAAAGAGUGAUAAAAGCAGCUAGACCAAUCUGAUACAUUUUUAAAGGUUCCCCCCAAACAACAAUUCAAAGCUGUGUGAAUCAUUUUUCUCUUGAGAAUGACGUUAACAAGGAUGUAUUUCUUCUGUUGUAAGUAAGGUUUUGUAGAACACGUUUUUACUAAUUCUUAUCUAGGAAAGCUUUCUAUUUUUAACCUGUGGCAAAAUGAAUUCUCCUUUGUCAUCUUGUUAUCAUCAACUCUAAUUAGCAGCAUAAUCCAGUUUGUAGUGUUGGGAUCCGUAUCUCAUAUCACACUGAGCUCAGCAGAACAUACAAAAGUGUGGAAGCACAAUUCCCAGAACCACCUUGAAUAGACUUGCCAUCUUAGCAGGGUAUUACUCAACCUGUAUUUUUGCUUCUCUCAUUAAUCAAGUGAAGUGACAAUUUUUUUUCCUUAAAGUAUGUUAUUUUGCCUGUUUUUAAAAAUUUUAAUUUUAAUUAUUAUUAUUUUAUGAUAGACUUUCCUGUUUUCCUUGUGCUUCAGUGCAUUUCAAAGGCUGGGAGAGGUCCCUUCUCAAAGAGGCAAUGGAAUGACCAAAGCAAAAGUAAUAAAAUGUGUUACCCUUUAAGAGCACCCAUGUAUAAACAUGAAGAGAGUAAAUAAGAUUUCAUUAUAUAUUUAAUAAAAUAGGUACCUUGUUGAUUACCCCCAUUUGUCCAUAUGGUCUUUGAAUGAAAACCAAGCAAGCUUCUGUUGCCAAACCUACAGGAAUGCUCAUGUCAUGUGAGAUUUAUAUUUUAGGAAAUGGGAAGCUCCAGAGAAAGAAGAGCUCUCUUUGCCAUCCAACCAUAUUGGAAUUAACAACUAAUUGCAUUUUACUUUCAGAAGAUUCAAACUCACAGAAGCGAAAGGGCAUUUUAAAACUAUUAUUUCUUCCUUGAGAAUCCCUUGGGGAAUUAAAAUGCCUAUCAUUCCUUAUAACACAAGGGUUAAAUUUAGGAUUGGGGAUUUUUAGUAUCUCCUAGACAAAAGAAUUAUGAGACAUAAGCAUUUGGCAGAAUUAACUUUAUGAGAAGAAAAUCGUUUCAUGAUUUCAUAGCUCAUUCAGCUCUUUUACUCUAAGAAUCUAAAACCUAUAUAUAGAUAGGCAGGCCUAUAAAAGUUGCUAGAUUAUGGCUGUCCUGAGUAACAUGAAAUAUGGAAACAAAAAACUUUAGUUAAGUACUGUCUUAGUAGUAAAACAUAUAAAUUAGAUUAAAAAUGCUAAAUGAAAGUAGCUGUUUGAAAUACUAUAUGCCCUUCAGGGCUCUUUGCAGGCAAUUGCUAACUACUGAUGAUCUAAAAAGCUAAGACUUUAGAUAGGCUGUAGCAAUUACUCCAAGAUGCUUUAGACUACAGGAACCCCACACCGCAAGUCUGGAAGAAGCCUCAGGGCCAUAUGUUCCCCCUCAAACUGUGUGAUUCACUACAGUAUAUUUGUGCGGAUUUCAUAUGCUUUUUGUGUCUGAUAUACAAUAUAACAUUUGCAUACUAGAUUUAAGUUGUAAUCUGUUUGCUGUGGAGAAUAAAUUGUAUUGAAAGAUGAAAGAAUACUGCAUGACAAUCAUGUGCUUGGGUAUUGCACUGGACAGGUCGCUGGACCCUCGGACCAUAGUGCUGAAUGUACUGUUGACACGAUGUAGAAACUAUAAGCUGUUGGUUUUUGCCAUGUGAUAUUAAAAAAUAGUAAAAAAGGAACCACUGGGCAGUUUGGCUUAUAUUUGCUUUAAAGUAUGUAGAAUUUGAGUUUGUUAUCCUGCUUUUUUUCCCCACAAAACUGUAUUUGCUUAAAGGGCAUGCAGUUAAGAAGGAAACAAUGUUUUUUGAAUGGGGGGCUUACAGAAUGAUGUCAUGUGUUGACAUAAUUUGGCUUUUGUAAUGCAGAAUGUUAACACCAGCUAUUAAAAUAUAUUUUAGUAGAAAUGCUUUAAUUCACGUUCUUUUCCCUUUACACUGUGAAUCUUGAAGCCUUGGUGGACUACAACAUCAUGCUAACCCAAAUACUAACCUAUGCAAACUAGACCAUGUUUCAUCUGAUGUCACAGUGAAUGUAACAUGAUUAUUUUUUUCCCUGCCUAACAUGCAAUGGCAUUAAAAACAAACGGUUGAGUCUCACAUCAUGUAUGUUCAUCGUGGUCACUGAACGCACUCUUCAAUGCAACUGUCGUCAUUAGGAUCAGUUUAGGAGCAAAGCACCCACCAGUUCCUUUGGAUUGAUUGAUGGAUUGUUAAAGUGAGAUUGUCCAGUGAUGUACGCCUGCUGUAGCUCCAGCUCGCUCACUUUGAGUGUUUUUCUCAAGUAGAACUCUCUGUAAAAAUGCCCUCUCUUCAGGGUAUGGAUAUUCUUUUCUCCGUUCUGUAUUUGUGAAACUUUAAAAACAUUAAUUUUCCAUCCUUACACACUUGGUUUGCUUAAAUAAAUGCAGGUUAAUGAUGAAA